AUGGAGCAAGCAACAGGUGUAAGUGGUCCUGAGCACAUAAUUGAUAUUCCAAGGGAAAUUGGUCCUUCUGCUUCGGUUUCUCGUAGUGUUGGUAGAGAGAACCAUGAAGAAUUGAAUCCUGUGGACAGGCCUUCAACAAGAGCUCUAGUACCUGCCUUGCAGGCACCAUCAGCAAUAGGUGCCGUACCUAAUGCAGGGCAGACUUCAGGCACUAGGAGAAAUGACAACUAUGUUCGUCGGCACAGAAGCCCUUUGAAUUCUGGACUGUGGAUUUCAAUUGAAGUUAUCGUCAACGUGAGCCAGAUUGUAGCUGCCAUUGUUGUUCUUUGUCUGUCAAGAAAGGAACACCCACAGGCUCCAUUACUUGAGUGGGUCAUAGGUUACACUGUUGGUUGUUUUGCAACGUUACCCCAUCUCUAUUGGCGCUAUAUACACCGUAAUAUUGUAAAUGGUGAGCAUGAGCCAGCACAUGCACCUCAAGGGUCCGCUCGUAACAACUCAAAUGAAGCCACUCAUGCUGCAAGUGCAUCAGAACGCCGUAGAAAUGCUGCACGAAAUGCUGUGCUUGCUAAUCCUAGGAUUAAUGCGCUGUUUGACCACUUCAAGAUGGCCCUGGAUUGUUUCUUUGCCGUCUGGUUUGUUGUUGGAAACGUGUGGAUAUUCGGUGGCCAUUCUUCUGCUGCUGAUGCACCAAACUUGUACAGGUUGUGCAUCGUGUUCCUCACUUUUAGUUGCAUUGGGUAUGCCAUGCCGUUCAUCCUCUGUGCAAUGAUAUGCUGUUGUCUCCCCUGCAUUAUAUCUGUUAUGGGUUUUAGAGAAGACACAAACAAUACAAGGGGUGCUACCUCAGAAUCUAUCAAUGCUUUGCCUACAUAUAAAUUCAAAACCAAGAAACGCCGCCAUGGUUCAGGAAGUGAAGCUGAAGGCCAAGAAGGAGGGAUAGUGGCUGCAGGGACUGACAAGGAGCGAUCGCUUUCUGCUGAAGACGCUGUUUGCUGCAUCUGUCUUGCAAAGUAUGCACACAAUGAUGAGCUCCGUGAACUUCCAUGUGCACACUGUUUCCACAAGGAUUGUGUUGAUAAAUGGCUCAAGAUAAAUGCACUUUGCCCUCUGUGCAAAUCUGAGAUAGCGGGCACGUCUGGUACUUCUGAUACCCGCCAAUCAGACCAGAACGCCAUUCCUGUGCAGGAGAUCGAAAUGCAUUAG